AGGCUGAAGGCUGCGGUUCACUACACGGUUGGCUGCCUGUGCCAGGAUGUUGCAGAAGACAAAGACAUGCAAUUCAGCAAACAAGCCAUUGCAGCUAUUUCAGAGAUCACCUUCAGGCAGUGUGAUAACUUUGCCAAAGACCUUGAAAUGUUUGCGAGGCAUGCAAAACGAAGCACAGUCAAUACAGAAGAUGUGAAGCUUUUGGCUAGAAGGAGCAAUUCUUUGCUAAAGUAUAUCACCCAGAAGAGUGAUGAGCUCGCAUCAAAUAACAUGGAGCAAAAGGAAAAGAAGAAAAAGAAGUCUGGUGCAGCUAAGGGAGCAAGAACUGGGGAACAUCCAGAAGCAGCUGUGACUGAAAGUGAAGAUUCCAACAUGGCAUGA